AUGAAAAAGAUUUCAUUUCGUCAAUUUUCAGCUUUAAUUGAUCCAUCAGCUGGCAAUCGCGUUUCCAUUGAAUCUUCAAUUCCUCAUAAACCGAAUAUAAGAGUUUCAAGCCCAUUCCCUAUCCCUCAUCGAACAAUACCUGAACCCAAAGGACAGGAUCUUGAUUUUGUAAAUGUAGCUCACAGCCACCUAAUUCACUCAGACGGGGCCAAACUAAACUUAUUAUCAUCUGGUCUAACAGGUUUCAGGGUUAAGCAUGUUCUGCUAAAAAUUCAAAGAGACCAUACGUCUUUAGAUUUGCCUUCUAAACUAUUUCAAGCAUUACUGUAUUCCUACCGUACAUGUGAUUCUUCACCUAGGGCUUUUGACUCUCUUUUCAAGACUUUUGCUCAUAUGAAGAAGUGCAGAAAUGCAACUGACACUUUUUGCCGGAUGGAGUAUGGGUUUUUCCCUACUGCUGAGUCAUGCAAUGCAUAUUUAAGCUCUAUGCAAUUUAUAGUUUUGUCCUUCUAUAAUGCAAUGCUUCGUAAUCGCAUUUCACCAAAUGUUUAUACAGUCAAUAUGGUCAUGUGUGCUUAUUGUAAAUUGGGAAAGCUACAGGAGGCUGUUGAAAUGUUGGAGACGGUGGAGAGCAGGGGUUUGAGCCCAAAUAUUGUUUCAUAUAAUGUUGGAUGA